UGUGGGAAAGCUUAUAGCCAUGACUCCAAACUUGUCCAACAUGAGAGAACUCACACAGCUGAAAAGCAUUUUGAAUGUAAAGAGUGUGGGAAGAACUUUUUUAGUGCCUAUCAAUUUACUGUGCAUCAGAGAUUUCAUACUGGUGAGAAACCCCAUGCAUGUAAAGAGUGUGGAAAGGCCUUUAGUUGUGGUUAUCAUCUUACUCAGCACGAGAAAAUUCACACUGGUGUGAAAUCUUAUGAAUGUAAGGAAUGUGGGAGGCCUUCUUUUAGGGCUCAAGCCUUGCAACAUAAGGUAAUUCAUACAGGUGAGAACUAUAAAUGUAGAGCAUGUGGGAAGGCUUUCAGUCAUGGUUAUCAAAUAACUCAGCAUCAAAAAAUCCAUACUGGUAAGAAACCUUAUGAAUGUAAGGUAUGUGGACAGGCUUUUUGUUGGGGUUAUCAACUUACUCGACAUCAAAUAUUCCAUACAGGUGAGAAACCCUAUGAAUGUAAAGAAUGUGGGAAGACUUUUAAUUGUGGAUCAAAUCUUGUUCAAUACAAAAGAAUCCAUACUGGUGAGAAACCUUAUGAAUGCAAAGAAUGUGGAAAGGCCUUUAGCCAGGGCUAUCACCUUACUCAACAUAAGAAAAUUCAUACUGGUGAGAAACCUUUUAAAUGUAAAGAGUGUGGGAAGGCCUUUAUUUGGGGUCCAAGCCUUGUUAAACAUGAAAGAGUCCACACUGACAAAAAAAUCCUAUGAAUCUGAACCAUGUGGGAAAUGUUUAGUAAUGUCUAUUAACUAAGCGUUCAUCAGAGAUUUCAUACUGGUGAGAAAUGUCAUCAGUGUGAAGAAUUUAAGAACAUCUUUACUAAUGGUUCAAAUUUUGAUCAGCUGGAGAGAACUGAUAGUAAUAAACCCUGUGGAUAUAAAGAAUGUAGGGAAGCCUCUAUAUGGACAAUUUAUUCAAAUAAGAAAAUUUAUGCUGAUGAAACAUUAUGAUGAAGAAAGAUAAAAGAACAUUUUUGUGUAUGGACAACUUAAUGAGAAGAAAUCUUACUCUUUUUUUUUUUUUGGUACCAAGGAUCGAACUCGGGUCCUUGCGCUUGCUCAGUAGGCGGCAAAACCACUGAGCUAAAUCCCCAGCCCCUAAGAAAUCUUACUCUUGAGAAAGCCUAUGAAUGUAAGGAAUGUGCAGUUUUUCUUGUGUAUGGAUAAUAGCAAAGAUAUACUAGUCAGAAAUAUUUUGAAUAUAACGAAUAUGUAAAGGCCUGUGUGAUUUUAUCAAACAUCAAUAUGUAGGGCCGGGGAUUUAGCUCAGUAGUUCUGGUGCCUGCUUCACAAGCGCAAGGUCCUGAGUUUGAUCCCUGGUACAAAACAAAACAAAACAAAACAAAAUCAAUAUAUAGAUGUGAAGCCAUUUAAAGGUAAGGAAUAUGUGAAGAUUUUUAUCCAUUGGCACAAGGUCUGAUGAACAUCAUUUAUACUUGUUAGAAAUGUAAGAAAUAGGUCCAGGGGUUUAGCUCAGUGGUGCUGCCACCUGCCUCGAAAGCACAAAGUCCUGAGUUUGAUCCCUGGUACCAAAAAAAAAAAGGAACUAAAAAGAGGGGCGUAGAUGUGGUAAACAACAUAGAGUACAUCAGAGAAUUCAUCUGAAAGAGAAAUUUUGAAUUGGGAGAAUAGAAAGGCUCUUAGUUAGGUACUGCUCAAAUUAUUUUCUAGAGAUUAAUGCCAAUUCACAAAAUAUUCACCUGUCCACUAUGAGACAAAUGCACACAAUUUUUUGGAAACUUGUCGCACUUUGGUAUUAUCAUAACAUUUUAACUGUGUUUUACAGAAGUAUCAGCCCAUGAGUGAUUAGAAAUUGAAAACAAAACGUUUGUCCUUCUCUGGGAAUAAUUUUAGAGACAUCAUUCACACUUUUUAAAACAUGAGAUAAACCAACAAUAGGAUUUAAUUCAAAUAAUCCUUUAUUUGUUUUCUCUCUGAUGAGACGAGAAGAAAGUUCAUAGUAUAGGAAGAUACAGAAAAUAAGGGAAUCAAUUUUCUUAUGCCCAUGACAACAUAGAAUUUAUACCAGAUGUGUAUGUGCAGAGGCCUAGCAACACCAUUCAAUCUUUGUUGUAUAUUAAUAAAUUUGUCUUUGACAACCACCCUGUUAAUGUAACAAAUAGGGAAACCCUUAUACGUGACAGAAAUCAUACUUGUUGCCAGUGCACCUCCUUACUAUUUGUGGGAUGUCAGACCAAAUGCUUAUUCUCUUUUAUAUUUAAAUUAAGUGCUAAUGAUGCUAACUAUCUCAUUCGAGCUGUUGUAGACAUUGGAUGGAUUUAGUAUGUCCCAGAUCCAUGGAAGAGUAUCUGGCAUAGAGCUUAUGACCAAUACAUAUUAGUUGUUCUUCAUCAUUAAUAUUACUACUGUUGGAUUCUUAGGGAAAGCCAUUUGGUGUAGUGCAUUUAGAAAACUCUCCCUUAACCAUUCACUCAUUCUGGAAAAAUUGAUAAAAUGAAAGUUUGAAAGGAUUUUUUUGGAUUUAUCCCUUAAGUUGCACAAAAAAUUGAGUCUGGAAAAAAAAACAGUUUAAGAAAGCUGUUUCUAGAAUGGCAUGUUUGUGUUUUUUCUCAUGGUGAAUUACCUCAUGGUGAAAUUUAAUAAUCUGCCUCCAUCCUUUAUAUUUUUCAUAAAAUGGAGUGAGAGCUAAUGGCUCUCUUAAACAUAUUUGGCUGGAACACUUCAUAGAUGGUGAUGUGUACUUCAUAUUGCAGCACAUCAGAAACAUUAUACCCAUGUUUCAAACCAUUACCAAUGCUAAGUUUGAUCACUUGAUUAAUUAUAAUAGUUGUAGCAUGAAUCUUUACAAUAGAGCUCUCCAUUGUAAAGGUCCAUUAUACAACUAGUAGAACUGGCAAACUUAGGUCAGCUACUCUUGGAAAUAUAUAACUAUAUGUAUGUAUUUUAAUAUUUGGAAAUAAGAAUGCAUCUUAAAAUUGAUGGCUCUUGAAAAGACUUUCACCAGGUGGCUGUUGUGCCUUAGUGCCAGCAUCAAAGCAUGUUUAUUAUGAAACAGAAUAUGCCUUUAUGUUCUCACACAAUAAGACAACAGCCCUUUGAAAAGUAUUCCUUUCAAAAAAAAUGACAAUUCCAUCAAAACUGCUUUGACAACCACAUGUGUGAGGUUCAUCAUUAUAAAACCGUCCUCACCCCAUGUGUAUUUUGUGCAGAGAGAGCUCCUAUGACAUCACUGUUCAGUCAUUCACCAUCUAGUGGUUGAAAUCAUUCACACAACUGGAGUUUCAAUAAUCAAGUGUAAAACAAAGCAGAAAACUGGGCUGGGGAUUUAGCUCAGUGGUUCUGGCACUUGCCUUGCAAGUGCAAGGUUCCAAGUUCUAUCCCUGGUACCAAAAAACCCCCCAAAAAACAAAGAACAAAGCAGAAAACUUAGAAUUUUAAUAGAAUCUAUCCUUCUUAAAUAGUAUCUAUCUCUGUCUGCCCCAGUACCAUAUUUACAUGUUAACCAGGAGAUGGUGCUUUGUCUCAGCACUUUUGAAAUGAUGUUUUAAGAAUCACCAGUGCCUACUAAUACUUGACAAGGAAGGGGGAUUAUUUGACUAAGGAAGUUGAUGUAUAACAUCUACUAAAUCUUUUAGGAACAAUCAAAAGCAUUUCAUUAGCUUCUCAAAGUUGUUCAAACUGAUGUAUUCCAUCAUGAUGGAAAUACCAGUUCCCAGUAUCUAUUAUUACCUUAGGUAUGUGAAACAGCAUUAGGAAUGCUGCCAUAACCAAAAGAGGGUCUAGCAUUCGAAACUGCAAUCAUCAAGUCUUGUUUGGUAUGACUGAAUGGCAGUUAGCAACUUGCUUUCAAAUGGCUGCCUUCUGCUACUAUUUCCUUUCUUUGUGAAUAAAAACUACUUCUUGUAUCCA